UCUGCCCUAAAACUCCUCCUCUGAAGAGACUAACAUCUACAGCAGAGAUAUGGACAUCCCAUUCCAAACAAAACAAGAAGAUUCAGAUUCAGAUUUAGAAAUAAACCCUCUCAAUGUCUUUUUACAAGAUGAUCAUAAUGAUGAUGAUGAAGAUCAAAUGAGGUUAUUAGCUACUGAAGAAGAAAACCUAGGAGGAGGAACAGGAUAUAAACAAGAGCAGCAUUAUCUUCACUCAAUUAAAACCUCAGUAGUGAUAAGACAACUUCCUUGUCAAGGUCUCUCUUUUCAGCUUUGGCCAGCAGCAACUACUCUUGUCAAUCUCCUUGAUCACCACCACAAAUCCAGUAAUCAUAUCAGAACCCCUCUUUCUGAAUUUUGUCUUUGUCGGCGUAUUCUUGAGCUUGGCUCAGGUACCGGUCUUGCUGGCAUUGCGGCAGCAGCUAUUCUAAGCUCUUCCUGCGUUAUAACUGACCUCCCUCAUGUCCUUCCCAACCUCCAAUUCAAUGCCGAUGCCAAUUCGACUAUGCUCCUCUCUCGCGGUGCUUCUGUUAAUGUUGCUCCUCUGAGGUGGGGAGACAAAGAUGAUAUGGAAUUAGUGGGGCGUGAGUUCGAUAUCAUAUUGGGUUCGGAUGUAGUUUACUAUGAUUACCUCUACGACCCUCUUUUGCAAACUCUACGCUUCUUAUUAGAAGGAGACGAAAAAGACACUAGUCAAGCUGCUCCAGUGUUCCUGAUGGCUCAUCUCAAGAGGUGGAAGAAGGAUUCUGUAUUCUUUAGAAAAGCAAGGAAAAUGUUCAAUGUUGAGGUAAUUCACACCGAUACUCCUAACCUAGGAUGUCGAAUUGGUGUUGUUGUUUAUUGUUUCUCAGGGAAGAAAAAGCAACCCCCAGCCAGGGGAAUGAAUUCUCUUCAAUGAUAUGUUUAUGAAUCUAGAACACAUUUCUAAAGUUAUUUAGCUUAAAUCUCUUAUAAAAGAUGCCCCAAACAUCCUGUAUUGGAUUUUUUUUU